CCCAUACUUCCACCACCCUCGGGGUGACUCAUUUGCUCCACUACCACACGACAGCUGCUGCAGCGUGCAUACUUGCUGCAAUGUCGGAAUGAGCCUUCAAAGCUUCAUCCCGUGGAGGCGCCUGGCCCGCGAGUCUUCGAGGCCAACGCGCCACUUUGGACAUAGGUUGCUGGAUCUUUGCCCGCACUUCCGAGGUUCACAAGCAACCCCUUGUCACAUUCUCUUUCGGAAUCGUCUGGAACUACGCCUCCCCUGGAUCUGGGACGCGCACUCUAGACAACAGCGCUCAUCAAAGUGCGACCGACUGACUCGCGCCUCCUCUUUAUCGCCGCGCCUGGUCAAUAUCUGGCACGCUCUGCACAGUCAUGCGCGGCUCUCCAUCCGAUACCGACUCUCAAUUCUUACCAGGUUUUCGGUCGGAAGGGCGACUGUGGGCGUGAUCUGGCGAAUCGAUUCGAAUGCACGGUCGCGUGGCAUUGCAUGGGGCGAUCCGGUUGCUGCUGCGAGGCCGGGAAAAUACGGCCGUAUGAAUCGUACGCUCGACGGAAGCAACAGAUAGCAUUGACCACAGCAAUAUGAAAGCCUUAUACAACAUCUAAACUCAUUGAAAAACGUGGAUCAGGCUCGAAGUGGCUGGGCUCUCGGUCAGUGCCGAGCAGCCUGCAUCCUCCUGCGAGCGGAUCAAUGACAAUCGGCGAGGGAUGGUGGGACUGCACGCACGACGUUACUGCCGCACAGAGAAGCCGAACCCAACUGUUGCAUGUGCGCGGCGAUUCGGGAUGACGGCCAGAGGUAUCGGUGCGUGUGAAACCUGUGGAGGAUGCCCAGCGACUGGCUGCACGUGUGGAUGCUGCAUAGGCUGAUGGGCGCGCAUGGGGCGUGGGUUUACACCGAGUGCGAUGCAGGCGGUGACGAUGGAUAUAAACAGGACUGGAGUCGGGUUCUCGUCAUUGGUGUCAGAGAGGGAGAAGUGGACGCACGAAGCGCUGCGGCCAUCACGAACACCGUUCGUUUCGAGAGUCCUCCGGAAGUGCUGGGGGUCAUCGCGGCGUUGGCGUCGGGGGUUGCCGCUGGCCCAGUAUCCCAAUCGGUGAACUCUCAAUCGUGAGUGCGGAGUGCGCGGGCCCGUUGCUUGUUGUCAUACUCGGGGUUGAGAACGCGCAGUCCGGGAGGACCACCAGUGUGGCCGAGCGAGAUGCGAGUAGAAAGAUAGUGACAAGUACAAGCCCAACGAAGGAUUUGCGCAUGAUGACUGUUUUCGUGUCAAGUCGCAAAAUGGGGAGAGAGUCGUAACAAUACGGAGAUGGAGAUUGAGGAUGUCCGGCGAAAUGACCAAGAUACAUAGGUCUGUUUUUGAAGGUCAAAAGCUGUAGGCCUCACACAGCUAUCGUGCUGUAUCUCGCCAUUACAGAUCGGGAUUUGGGAUGACGUAGGCAAAAAGCGAGUGGGCAAUUGUUCAGCAAUGAUGACUCAGGUGUUCAUCCCACAGUGCUGAUCCCGCAAGCUCCAUGACAUUCGCGGUGAAAACGAGAUCCGACAUGGCGAAUGUCAGAUCACCAAUAAUACUUUGAACUAACCAUGGAAUGGCUGACGCUAGUACCACGGAUCGUGGGGUACAGCUAUCUACGCGUCCACCUGAUCUCACGAGGUCUCGAGAGUCAGAAGACAGACCAGGCCUGGUCAUCGGCACAUAGCCUAUCUUGAUGCGC